AUGUCGGAAUUCGAGAUGAACGAUUUGGAUAAAACCAAGUUAUGUCCAGGUCUGCAGCUUGAACAUUCCCCUGAUGGGAUUCUAGUGCACCAGUCGGCCUACACCCAGAAGGUGUUGGAAAUAUUUGGAUUUGAUAAGGCAUGUCCUUCUAAGAUCCUGAUGGCCGGGAGAUCUUUACAGCCAGACAAGGAUCCGUUCAGGCCAAAGGAAGAGGGGGAGGAGACUCUGGGACUAGAGGUUCCUUACCUGAGUCCAGUUGGAGCACUCAUGUACCUCGCAAAUUGUACACGGCCAGACAUAGCUUUUGCUGUCAGUUUGCUUGCUAGGUACAAUUCUGAACCUACCAAGAUACAUUGUAAAGGUGUCAAGAACAUCUUCCGUUACCUGCAAGGGACCAAAGAUCUUGGUCUGUUUUAUAAAAGGAAUCAAGACCUAUCUAUUAUAGGCUAUGCCGAUGCUGGGUACCUAUCGAACCCGCAAGAUUGCAAAUCACAAACUGGAUAUGUUUUCCAGGAAAUCGUCCAAAAGCUAAUGGCGGAGGCCAUACUCCUUGCUGUGUCGAAGAUUGGGACAGUCGUUUUGAAUGAAAUAGUCUCGGAUGUGGUACAGAAGCUAUCGAGGAAGCUUGAUGCUCUAAAGGAAUUGCCAGCAAAGGUCCAAAGAAUCGAGAUAGAAUUGAAUACAAUGAAUGAUAUAAUCCAAGAUUUGGGUUCAACAAAUCUCAACAACAAUGUCAUCAAGGGUUGGAUUGGAAACGUAAGGAAGCUGGCCUACCGUGUCGAGGAUGUAAUUGAUAAGUACUCGUAUGAGGCUCUUAAGCUCAAGGACGAAGGCUUCCUACAUCGUUACAUCAUCACCGGUUCACGCCAUGUUAAGGUGGAAGAUCUUGCAGCUCUUGCUCAGCCGAAGCGUCGCCUUGUACUCCAGCCAUUGGGUAGCACUGAGUCAUUCAAGCUAUUUUGCUCAAGGGCUUUCCACAGCAACCUGAACCGUGAGUGCCCUAUGGAGCUCAAGACGGUGGCUACAAAAGUUGUUGAGAGGUGUCGUGGCCCAUUAGCCAUUGUAUCUUCUGGCAGCCUAUUGUCCACGAAGCAACCAACAGAGCAUGCCUGGAAUCACAUGUUCAAUCAUCUCCGUAGCGAGUUGCGGGGGGAUAACCAUGUCCAACCUAUACUUGAUCUGAGCUACCAUGACUUGCCAGGCAAUCUAAGGAACUGCUUCCUGUACUGCAGCUUGUUCCCUGAAGACUAUGCAAUUUCACGGGAGAGCCUUGUGCGUUUGUGGGUUGCCGAAGGGUUUGCGGUGAAGAAAGAAAACAGCACACCAGAGGAAGUGGCUGAGGGAAAUCUUAUGGAGCUCAUUGGGAGGAACAUGUUGGAAGUUGUGGAAAGGGAUGAGCUCUUAAGGGUUAGUACAUGUAAGAUGCAUGACCUUGUUCGUGACCUGGCUCUUGCUGUGGCUAAAGAGGAGAGGUUUGGCUCUGCGAAUGACCCCAAAGAAAUGAUUCGCAUGGAUAAAGAAGUUCGUCGGUUCUCGACAUGUGGUUGGACAGACAGUAAAGCAAUAGUGGGAGUGAAAUUUCCACGACUCCGUACCAUCAUGUCACUUGCUACAGCUUCGCCCUGUACUAACAUGCUUUCCUCAGUUUUGUCUGGAUCCAGCUACCUUACUGUUCUCGAGCUUCAAGACUCUGCAAUAACCCAAGUGCCAGCAUCCAUCGGGGAUUUGUUCAAUCUACGCUACAUCGGCUUAAGGCGUACCAAUAUCCAGUCACUGCCACACACCAUUGAUAAGCUCUCAAACCUUGAGACACUGGACAUCAAGCAAACAAAAGUGGAAAAGCUACCACCAGGAAUUGUAAAUAUUGAGAAGCUACGGCACCUUUUAGCUGACAGGUUUGCUGAUGAGAAGCAGACGGAGUUCCGAUACUUUGUCGGAGUCGAAGCGCCUCACAUGAUUUCCAACUUUCAAGAGCUGCAAACUCUUGAGACCAUCCAUGCCAGCAAAGACUUGUCACUACAGCUGCAGACAGUUUGGGUUGAUAACAUCAAUGCAUCUAACUGUGAUGACCUAUUGAAAACCCUCUCAGAUAUGCCCCUACUUUCCAGCCUACUUCUCUCUGCGUGUGAUCAGAAUGAGACACUUAGUUUCCAAGCACUCAAGCCAAUUUCCACAAAUCUCCACAGGCUAUCAAGUGCCCAAUAUUUCAGGGCCAUGGGAAGAGUCUCAAGGUGCUUUCCGAAGCUGAAGACACUCGUCUUGAAGCGCAUGCCUAAUGUCAAGCAACUGGAGAUUAAAAAAGGCGCCAUUCCGGCCAUUGACGGGAUCUACAUUGUGUCACUCUCCAAGCUGAACAUGGUCCCUCAUGGCAUUGAAUCCCUUGAAACCCUCAAGAAGCUCUGGAUGUUGGAUCUGCACAAGGACUUCAAGGCUCAGUGGAAUCUAAACCAGAUGCACAACAAGAUGAAGCAUGUUCCUGAGCUCCGUGUCUAG